CGUCAGCCUCCUCGACCCCAACCGCGACCCCCCACUCAACGGGCACGUCCAAGGGUCGGAUUCGCGUCAAGCCCAUAUCUGCCCGUGGUCUUAAUGUCACCUCCGUACGACCGACCUUAUGUCGUCGUUCAAUUCGAGCAGAACGAGUUCGUGAGUCGCGAUCCCACAGACGAAAUGGACGAAGAGGUCACCAAUGCCACGUUCCGACUCAUUGUCCUUGGAUUCAUGCUGGCGAACAAGUGGCUUGACGACCAUAUCUUCUCCAACAAGACAUGGCACACUAUCUGCAAACUUUCCGUCCAGUCGCUAAACAAGCUCGAGUUCUAAGUUUCUUCUGGCGCCAAUGAUGGAACUCGUCGUUCAAGGACUGCUUCUGUAGUGCCCUCCAUUGUAGACAAGACUCGUCCCCCUAUGAUGGCCUUGCCACCACCACCUCGCCAGCUGCCUCCGUCUAGCACCAAGGCACCACCC